GCAGAAAAUCCCCAGACUUGUAACUAAUGAGAUUCCAAAGCUCAAACACUUUUGCUUCGCUUAUAAUUCAAGCACACAAAACACUGCUGCCAUUUUCCUAUCAAUCAACCCUGAAAUACCACACCAAGAUAAGAAAAAAAAUACUGUAAGAGUGAGAGAGAGGAAAAACCAAACUUGGCUGUUGGCACACUGAGCUGCUUGGUAUUUCUUUGAUAAAAUUUUGUGAUAAAGGGUCGUUAAUUAACUGCCUAAUUCAGUUCCCAUGUGAAAAAAGCAAUAUCGUUUCCCUCCAGAGUUUGUGUUUGCUGCGCUUACCCUCUGGUUGCGAUUCGCAAGGAGACAAAGGACAAAAGAAGGUUCUGCUUUGCUACGUUUGAGUAAUCUCCAGGGGCAAAGGGUUGCCUCACGCCUUUCCCUUUGCCCUUUCUGGGUUCCCUAAGCAGAAAGUAGAGUGCAAUAUAGCUUUUUGGGUUCUUUUGGCAAGCAGAUCUACCAUUACUCCUUUCUGGGAGAGAUAGACAAUGGAGCGUCCCAAAGGAUUCUUCUCUACGCUCUGGUCAUUCAUAAUCUUUCUCCCUAUCUUCAUUGGGCUGUUCAUUCUGGGAAUCAUCAAGGGUGUCAUUUUGUGCCCAGUGAUCCUCAUUUUCAUGUUGAUUGGAAACUUUGGUAUCAUAUUGAGUCUCUGGCCCUUUCAUUUCUACUGGACAUACUAUUCCAUUUUGAGUUCUAGACAACUGGGACCAUUCGUGAAGCUUCUUCUUUGCAUUUGCUUACCGACCGUCUUAAUUCUAUGGCUGGUGCUCGGCUUUGCUGGAAGCAUCGUCGGUGGAGCAUUAUAUGGCUUACUCUCACCAAUAUUUGCCACUUUUGAUGCUAUUGGAGAAGGGAAGAGUGAUAAGUUCUAUCACUGCUUCGUUGAUGGAACUAUAGAUACCGUGAGUGGUUGUUUCACGAUUAUAAGAGACUUUGGUGAUGUGUGCUAUCAUUCUUAUUCCUCACUCAUGGAUGAUCUUCAAAAGAAAGGGCCUGAAGAUGGAAAGUACUAUGAGAUCAGACUGCUUCAGCUUCCUGGUGCUCUAAUUGCUGGUGUGCUCGGUGUCUUGCUCGACUUCCCCAUGGUCUCUUUCAUAGCCUUAUGCAAGAGCCCAUAUAUGUUGUUUAAAGGAUGGCAUCGUCUGUUUCAUGACCUUGUUGGUAGAGAAGGCCCUUUCUUGGAAACAAUAUGUGUCCCAUUUGCCGGUCUUGCUAUUUUACUCUGGCCGCUGGCUGUUGCUGGGGCUGUCUUGGGAUCCAUGGUGUCGAGCAUCUUUCUCGGUGCUUAUGCUGCUGUGAUUGUGUAUCAGGAGUCCUUUUGCUAUGGACUUCGAUACGUUGCAGCAUCGUUGGCCAUCUAUGAUGAGUACAGUAAUGACAUUCUUGACUUGCCAGAAGGAUCUUGCUUUCCCAGGCCACAGUACAGGAAGAAAUCCGAGGGCACUUCACGCUCAGCUUCAUUUACGAGGCCCACCUCAUCAUUCAAGAAAUCUUUCUCGCGCACCAUUUCAUUCACUGGCCCUCUGGUUGAUGUGAAGCCAUUUGAGCUCCUCGAGAGCUGGUUUCAGGAUUGCCAGGUCCAUGGGGAGAAAUUUUUAUCUGAAGGACUUAUAACUCAGGAAGAUGUCGAAGAUGCCAAGUCUGGUAAAGGUAGCCGAGUAAUUAGCACUGGGUUGCCAACUUACUGCCUUCUGCAAGCUUUGUUGAGAUCUGCCAAGGCCAACUGUGCAGGCAUUUUGUUGAGUGAUAAUGUGACCGAGAUAACAAGCACAAACAGGCCGAGAGAUGCCUUCUUCGACUGGUUUCUGAACCCAUUCUUGGUCAUCAAAGACCAGCUUAAAGCCCAGAACCUGUCCGAGUCAGAAGAGGAUUACCUCUGCAAGUUAGUGCUGUUGAAUGGUGAUCCUGUCAAGUUGAAAACUUCAUAUAUCGGGCCACCACCUGAGACUGAGAGAAAGCGUGCUGAACUCGAUGCACUGGCUAGAAGGCUACAAGGUAUUGUGAAAUCGAUCUCAAGGUUCCCAACGGCUAGGAGGAACUUCCAGAACCUUGUCAACAACCUAUCAGAGCAUCUUGCCAGGAAGAGUGGCAAUGGUAAUGGUCGAAGGAAGUUUGCUCGAUCAAAGAGUGCAUUCGCCAGGAUCUUCAGCCAGAGAUCUGUUGUUAAUGGGAAGCCAAGUUUCAGUCACAGUUCUGAUUCGGAUUCUCAACAGGCUUCUGCUUCUAAGGAGGUAGAGAUUGUAUAAUGGAUGACCAUGAUGGGGUUAACUGAUAAAUAACCAUACAUAAUUAGUCAACCUGUUAACUGUAUAUUUCUUCAUGGGUGUUUCAGAAAAUUUUAUUCAGACUUGUUUCAUUAUGGUUCCAGCCAAGCUACUAACCCUUGUGUUUUGAUUAGGAGAGGCAACAUAAAUGCAGAUAUUGUAGAUAGAUUAGUUUACCCCCCUCUCUCUCUUUCUACCGUUUUCUGAAUGUAACAAAAUACUAUGUUGUAAAAGUCAAACUAUUUGAAACAGAUUUGAGGACAGACAAUGCAAGCUUCAUUACCAUGUUCCAGC